GUGUUCCACGUGUGCCACUCCCCCACGCGGAAGGACUCGUUCUUGUGCCCUAACGGCACAAUGUUCCACCAGCUUCGUCUGGUGUGCGACUGGUGGUACAACGUGGAGUGCGACCUAACCCCCCUCCACGUGGGGGUUAAUGCGGAGAUCGGGCGCGUCGAUCCCCCAAAGAGGACCGGGGGACGGUCUCCCAUCCUCAGGGGAAGUGGACUUGGACUUGGGGAGUUCGAAGAGGACUUCAACAGCUUGGGUGAGAGUGGGACACAAGAGUUUGGUGGCGAUGGCCCCAUUGUUAGUCCCCAUGGGGGCAGUGGGGCAUUGAACCAGGCAACAACUGUUGCCCCACGACGGACCCCACUCGUACCCACUCCCCCCACGGGGCCAACUCUUCCCCACCUUCACCCCACUUUUGAGGAUCAUUCCUCGAGGAUUACGUCGCGGGGGUUAGGACCAACCUCGCCCUCCCCAUUCUUCCCCGACGGGGUAGAAGAAAAUUUUGUCACCGGCAGACCUUUGUCUGCCGCGCGUGUACAGACCACACCUCAACAGCAGCAACAGCAACAACGGCAACGGCAACAACAGGAAGAACAACGUCUGCUACAACAGCAGCAACUACAACAACGGCAACUGGAAGAAGAACAGCGCCGACAACGGCAACAACAGGAAGAACAACGGCAACAACAGGAAGAACAGAGACGGCAACGGCAACAGCAGGAAGAACAACGGCAGCAACAACAGCUGGAGGAGCAAAGGCAACAACAGCAACGUCAACAGGAACAACAGACGUUCGGUCUCCCAUUGACCGCCUCUCCGCCCACUGGGGGAAGGAUAACAGGCCGUCCCCUAGCCUCAACCCGUCCCCAACAGUUCCCCCAGAUCCCCCAGGUUCCUCAGAACGAACAAUUCCCCAACAUCCCCGACCAUAACCCCUCCCCAGAACCCCCCGUGGCCACUAUCGCCCCCACCACCAUCGCUCGCCAGCAUCAGCGUCAGGAUAACAGACAACGGCAGCGACAACAGGUCUUCAACGCUGCCUCAACAGCUGCCUUGUUCUCCCCAACUUCCCCACGGCCUGGGACUUCCUUCCCCGCCGCCCAGACCUUCCCCCAAUCAGGGGGAGUAGGUUCCCCGACAGUCUCUCCCCCACUGGUCACUACCCGCCGACCCCAGGUCACCCAGAGACAGCACACUGUCACCCAGUUGUUGUCGUCGCAGCCCCAGCGUCAUUCUUCCCCAGUGGGGACAUCGGAGGACUCGCCGCUCCCCACGUUGGCUCCCCAGCGUCCUACCUCCUCAAGGGGUAGAGGUCCCCAGCCUGUAGGGGAUGAAGGCCGCACGAGAGGUCAGAAGAUCUCAUCGGUAACCCCAAUUCCCCCCACGAGGGGAACUUCGCUGGGUUCCACUACCCCACGCCGCCAGCCAACCCUCACGAAGGUGUUCAAGAAGCCCCUCGGGUCCUCAACUACACCCAUACGCCCCAUCACGCGGGGCAACGAGCUCCCGGGUCUUGAGCCCCAACGUCGGGGGAAUAGGGUCCAUGUUACGACUCCCCCACCAUUGAUCAUCGGCUCCCCCGUGCAGGUCCCCCAAAACUUUGGGUCCCAGGUUGCUGGGGGUCGGCCUCUGGCCAGCUCAGGUCCCCAAGUGGGACAAACUGUUCGUCUUCCCCAAGGGGCACGUCAAGGCAUCCUACUGAGCACCACAGACACCACCGGGGUCAUUCCCCCAGACAGGAAACUACCCAUCACCUCCCCAGGCGGGGCCCCAGCGGUUCAAUUGGGGGCCUCAGGACCCCGUAUCCUGCCCGCCAACCUCCCCCAUCUCAACGACAUCCUGGACUUCGUCCGAAGCGUGGGGGGCCGUCCCCUUCUCAGGGCCCCCCAGGGGGCACGUCCAACCCCCACAACUAAACCCCCCACACCCAUACCCUUCAUCCCCCUGGGCGGGGCGUCCAAUAAACACGCGGAACGUGAACGCCAGCAGCAACAGGAACAGGUACGGCAACAGCAGCAGAUACUGCAGCAGCAGCAGCUGCAGGAGCAGCAGAACCUGAUCAACCUGCACCGCGUGCAGCAGCAGCUGGGGCUGCAGCAGCAGGAGUUCAGGAAGCAGCAGCAGCAGCAGAUCCUGCAGCAGCAGCAGCUUAUUGAUGACCAGAAACAUAAGAUCCAGCAGGAGGCCCUUCGUAGGCAAGGGGCCAACGACCAGCAUCGUCAAGGGCCCAAUAAUGGUCGUGGUGGGGCCCGGUUCACCGUCAGACUCGACGAUGAUGAUGAUUUUGAUGAUCGAUUUGAUGGUGAUGAUGAUAAGGAUGAUGAUAAGUUUGACGUGGAUGAUGAUGAUGAUAGUUUCAUCCUGACACCCACGUCAAGGUUCAACCGCCAGGUCUUGGGUGCCGCCGCCCCCCUAACGGGGGCCGCCGAACCCCCCAAAAAAUCGGGGGGCGUAAAAAUCGGGCAACCCGUGGCGCCCCCCGCUGAGACCUUCCUGCCCCCACCCCCCGCCAGCUGAUACACACACAUCCAUACAUCCAUACAUCAUGUGUAGACGACCAUACACAUCGUCUGUGUGGUGUGUUAAUCCUAACACUUCGCUCAGCGGAAUAAAUGGGAUAUUGUCCAAAUUUCGAUGCAAUUUUGGGUAGUUGGUAACAAAGUGUAAAUUUUUUUAAUAAUAUUCUCCAUUUCUUUUUUUGACUGUCCAGAAAAUUGCAACAAACAGCCACCAUCAGCAACAUCACCACCAAGAAAAUUGCAGUAAUAGAAAAAAAAUAUAUUGUUUUCUUGUAAUUGUACCGGAAUUUUUUAGCGUUGCUAUUAUAUACAUAACAAUUAUAAUUAGCAAUAAUUAGUACAUAAUCUU